CGCCACAGGCACAGGCGCCGAAACAGAACGAGACCAAAAAAUUCGCGUCCUCCUCUGAGCCCCAGCCAUGGCCCGUGGAAGCCGCCGGUGACACGGCGCCAAUAGCAAGAGGGCAGAGGAGGAGCGGACCAGCGGUGCGGGUGGUGGUGGUGGCGGUGGCCGUGAGGCGAGGCGAGAUGUCGGUGCGGAUAAAGGCGGUGGUGGACAAGUUCGUGAGGGAGCUUAAGGAGGCGCUGGACGCGGACAUCCAGGACCGCAUCAUGAAGGAGCGGGAGAUGCAGAGCUACAUCGCGGAGCGCGAGCGCGAGGUCGCCGAACGGGAGGCCGCGUGGAAGGCCGAGCUCUCCCGCCGCGAGGCUGAAAUUGCGCGACAGGAGGCGAGGCUGAAGAUUGAAAGGGAGAACCUGGAGAAAGAAAAGAGUGUCCUCAUGGGAACGGCUUCAAAUCAGGAUAACCAAGAUGGAGCCCUGGAGAUUACAGUCAGCGGGGAGAAGUAUAGGUGCCUUCGGUUUUCCAAGGCAAAGAAAUGAGAUAUGAGAUAGGACACUAAUAGUCUCGGACAGUACAACGAAAUCAGUCUGGGCCUAUUGUAGACGGUACCAGGAUAACUAGAUCUCUUGUUCAACGGUUCUAAUUUUUACUUUGAUUAUUUUUUGCUUGAUCUUAAAAUA